CGGAAUGGCUACUCUCGUAUUUUCACACAACUAAAUCGAUGAAACAGAAAGAGAGGUUUCAGCAGCUCUUAACGGGGGUCUCUGUUUCUCGUUUUCUGUGCCGCUCUUCGCAGCGUUGACGCUGCUCUCUGAGACAACCGACGAACUCCCUCGCGUUCUUGUGGAAAAGGUAAUUUCUUUCAGCAGAAAUCGUUCAUAAACUGUCUCAGAGAGUGUCAGUCAACCAGAAUAUAAGAUGACUGCAGAUUUGUGAUCAAAAUGGUCGUACUCUGUACAUAAAGUAAGCCGUGUCGCGGGUGGGAAAACUCGCUUUCUUCUGCCUAGUUCCUUCAAGAUCCUAAAAGUAGAAAACACCUCUUUCCCUUGGCUGCUUCCCCUCUGACUUCUACGACUGAUGCGUGAACUGCGAAUUGGGUGAAAGUGUCUGUUUUUCGCUACAAGCCAUCUCUUUUCAGCUUUUCCGUGUUCCUACGUCUUGUGAAAUAACUCCUUGGCUGCUUUUCUGUGAUUAGGGACAACUGUUGUCUUUGCUUCACCGAUGUAUAUCCCACUCUUUACUGUUCUUUGCGUCUCCCCAAUUCCUUUUUCUGUGCCAACAGCAAAUCAUGAAGAUCCACGUUCCAGAACAACGAACAAACUCUCUGUACUCUUAUCGCACGAUGUGCGUUUCACAAACGUGCAUCUCUCUUUGUUGUGGAAGAACCGUUACAAAAUGGUAAAGGCCGCCUUCUCGUCACCGACUAUCCCCACAUAUCAUUGUUGAAUUGUGGUUUCAAUAGAGUCUUCGCUUUUCAUAAAGAGUACGCGUUACUCUAUGUUUUGUCUUCAGAAGUCUUUCUUUCCCCAAACGACGGUGACGGCCCGCCGUCUGCGCGGCGUGGACUCCAAAGCCACCGCCUUUCCACUCCCGGAAACGUUCACUGUUUCUCCGGAAACUUCUACCGCAAGUGCCUCUCCCUUCCGCAGAGCAAAAGAAGAAAAGGCCCAAGGAACCCCCGUCGCCGCUGCCGCCUCUCAACCAGCAAAACAGUCCGUUUCGCGCCCUAGCUCCUCCCCACGCCCCAAGUCUUCUUCCUCGCUGCCACAAGCGCCUUCUGUACGUAGCACUUCUUCGCCUCAACCAGAUGCUUCCUUGUUUCCUCCAAGCUUUUCCUCUCUCCUCAGUCCCGUCCUCGGCGAGACAGCGCUGUCCUCUCCGCGAUCCACAACGCCUCUGAGUUUCGCUGCCUUAGCCUCCGGAGUUCCUGGACUCUUGUCGACCGACGCACUCACCGCUGUCGGGGACGUCUCUGCUCUUCUCCGCUCGCAAGCUCCCUUCCCCACCCCAGACGUUCCUGCCCUCGCUCAAGCCGCUCUCAACUCUGUAGGCCUGGCAUCCCCUUCUUUUUACUCCUCUCCGCGGCGUGAACAGAACGCGUCUGCGUCUUCUUCAGCAGAGCCAGAAGGACUGCUCGAUGGCAAUGGGAAUUCGCUGCUGGACAACGUUUUGGGUGGCGGCCUCGGAGGAAAUUUGCUGGGUGGAAACGUCGGAGGUACGUUACUGGGGGGAAAUGCCGGCGGAAGUUUACUGGGAGGAAACGUGGGAGGAAAUUUGCUAGGAGGCGGAGGCGUCGGAAGCCUGCUGAGCGGCGGCGCGUUGCUGGGCGGGAACGACCGCGACCGAUUCGACCGCCCCGAAUAUACGCCGAAUUCCGGAAACGGAACUCGACCAAAUGGAAACGGGUUCUUCGGAAACAAACAAAAAUGCUGUUCCGACUGCCGGAAGGGCGACAUGGACUGUCUCGCCGACUGCCAAAGAGGAAACUGUUCACAAAAUCCUACAUGCGAGGCGGCAGAGGAAGGCGCCUACGCCGCGUACUGCCAAGAGCGAUGUGGAGGAAGGGUGGGAGGACGGGCGACGAGGCCGCUCGUGACUGCAGGGUGUCGAAGCAGCUGCGCUGCUGGCGUCGCUCUGCGAUGUGAAAAAAGAAUGUGCAGAGAAUAUGGAUGCACAGACAAUGCAUGCUCCCGCAAAGCCCCUCUAAUGUGUGGCUAAGAGUCCAGGACAUCUGCGCCUUUCCAGCCAAGGCGGGAAGAGAAGAACGCGCUGCCUCCGGUGACCUAAUCCGUGGCGACAACAGACACAAGAAAGCAAGAUCUUCAUGCUUGCUCGUUAGUUCGCAUGAACGAUGGUAACCGGAAACCAACGUGUGUGGAUCCUCCGCACAUAGGGUUCUUCGAUCUAAGUCUUGACGCAAAAAGUCACUUUCACUCGAGGCAAGUGUCUCACUGGACUUCUCCAGACAGCUGAGACAUGUCAGGAACUCAGGGAAAAAGUCGAAGAGUCGAACCGGAAAGCGGAGAAAGAAGAAACCUCGAAUUUGUGGGAGCUUCAG